AUGGGCAUCUCACAACACCACCCCUUUGAUCCUCUCACAGGCGACGAGAUCGCCGCGGCGGUAGAUGUCAUUCGCAAGUAUCAGUCUGGACAACUCCUCUUCAAUGCAGUCACUCUCCACGAGCCGCGCAAGGCGGAUAUGCUCAAGUGGCUUGAGCACCCAUCUGAUGGAAACAAACCUGCUAGAAUCGCGGAUGUCACUGUCAUUCUUCCCGAUGGCGCUGUCUAUGAUGGUCUUGUCGAUCUGAGAACAAAAAAGGUGCAGAAGUGGGAGAAGCUGGAUGGUCUUCAACCGAUUAUCACACCUGAGGAACUUAUUCUGGUCGAGGCCAUCAUGCGCAAGGAUCCCAAGGUCAUCGAACAGUGCGAACUCUCUGGUAUCCCUAAAGAGGAUAUGCACAAAGUCUACUGUGAUCCUUGGACCAUUGGUUACGAUGAGCGUUUCGGUAGCAACAUUCGUCUUCAGCAGGCGCUCAUGUACUACCGCCCUGACCCGGAUUGCUUCCAGUACCAAUACCCUCUUGACUUCUGCCCUAUCUACGACGGUGCCAAGAAAGAAAUCAUUCACAUCGAUAUUCCCAGCGUCCGUCGCCCAUUGAGCAAGCAGAAGGCUAUUGACUACAUUCCUCGCUACAUCAACGAGAAUGGUGGUUAUCGCAAGGAUAUCAAGCCUAUCAACAUCACUCAGCCCGAGGGCGUUUCAUUCACCAUGAACGGUCGUGUCCUGUCAUGGCAGAACUUCAAGUUCCAUAUUGGCUUCAACUACAAGGAGGGUAUUGUCCUGAACCACAUCACUUUCACAGAUAAGGGCAUCGAGAGACCAAUCUUCUACCGUCUUUCCCUGUCUGAAAUGGUCGUUCCUUAUGGCGCACCUGAGCAUCCUCACCAGCGCAAGCACGCUUUCGAUCUCGGUGAAUAUGGUGCAGGAUACAUGGCCAACUCCCUCGCUCUUGGCUGCGACUGCAAGGGUGUAAUCCACUAUCUUGACGCCGACUUCGCCCAACGCGACGGCUCCAUUCGAACCAUCAAGAACGCAAUCUGCAUCCACGAGGAGGAUAACGGCAUCCUAUUCAAGCACACCGACUUCCGCGAUGACUCGGUCACCGUCACACGAGCCCGCAAGCUCAUCGUCCAACAGAUCUUCACAGCAGCAAACUACGAAUACGCCUGCCAAUGGGUCUUCCACCAAGAUGGUACCAUCCAACCCGAGAUCAAGCUCACUGGUAUCCUCAACACAUAUGCCCUCAAUGAGGGUGAAGAUGCCGGUCCUUGGGGAACUGAAGUUUAUCCCCAGGUCAAUGCGCACAACCACCAGCAUCUAUUCUGCCUUCGUGUUAACCCCAUGAUCGACGGUGUGAACAACACGGUCAAUAUGGUCGAUACCGUGGCUAGUGAGGCGCCGGUUGGAAGUCCGCAGAACAAAUACGGCAAUGCGUUCUAUGCCAAGAAGACGAAGCUCAAGACCAGUGGACAGGCCAAGACUGAUUACAAUGGAGCUACAAGUCGAACUUGGGAGAUGGUUAAUGAGAAUAAGCUACAUCCUUAUUCCAAGAAGCCAGCUUCUUAUAAGCUUGUCAGCCGAGAGGUUCCUGGCUUGUUGCCUAAGGAGGGAUCACUUGUGUGGAAGCGUGCUGGUUUUGCUAGACAUGCUGUUCACGUCACUCCUUACCGCGACGAUGAACUCUGGGCCGCAGGUCGUCACGUCCCGCAGACAUCCGGCGAACCCUCCCAAGGUCUUCCCGAGUGGAUCGCCGACGGAACAUCCAGCACCGAGAACACAGAUAUUGUGAUGUGGCACACAUUCGGUGUUACACACAUCCCUGCACCCGAGGACUUCCCUAUCAUGCCUGUCGAGCCCAUGACUCUUCUCUUGAGACCUAGAAACUUCUUCAUCAACAACCCUUGUAUGGAUGUGCCACCUAGCUACUCUAUUACUCCUACGCAGGUUGCUGAGAAGAAGGGUGCGCUUGAUCAGCAUGAUAAGGUUAGUCAGUUGGCUUUUGGCGGAAAGAGCUGUUGUUCUGGCGGCAAUGCUGCCGCGAGAUUGUAG